GGGGGGGAAAGUGGGUGGGAGGAAGGCGGCUCCGCACACCCAAGAUGGCGGCGGUGGAGCUGGAGUGGGUGCCCGAGACGCUCUAUAACACGGCGAUCUCGGCCGUGGUGGAUAGUUACGGGCGGGCCCGGCGCCGGGACAUCCGCUCGCUGCCCGAGAACAUCCAGUUCGACGUGUAUUACAAGCUUUACCAACAGGGCCGCUUAUGCCAGCUGGGUAGUGAAUUUUGUGAACUAGAAGUUUUCGCAAAGGUGCUACGAGCUUUAGACAAAAGACAUCUGCUUCAUCACUGCUUUCAGGCUUUGAUGGACCAUGGAGUAAAAGUUGCUUCUGUACUGGCCUAUUCUUUCAGUAGACGGUGCUCCUACAUAGCAGAAUCGGAUUCUGCUGUAAAAGAAAAAGCAAUCCAGAUUGGUUUUGUUCUAGGGGGGUUCUUAUCAGAUGCAGGCUGGUACAGUGAUGCUGAGAAGGUAUUUCUUUCCUGCCUUCAGUUAUGCACCCUUCAUGACGAAAUCCUUCAUUGGUUUCGCGCCGUAGAAUGUUGUGUAAGGUUGCUGCACGUUCGAAACGGUAACUGUAAAUAUCACUUGGGAGAAGAAACAUUCAAACUCGCUCAGUCUUACAUGGACAAACUUGCGAAGCACGGGCAGCAGGCAAACAAAGCGGCGCUCUACGGGGAGCUGUGUGCACUGCUCUUUGCCAAGAGCCACUACGAUGAGGCUUAUAAAUGGUGCAUAGAAGCCAUGAAGGAGAUCACGGUUGGCCUGCCUGUAAAAGUAGUAGUGGAUGUUUUACGACAAGCUUCAAAGGCUUGUGUUGUAAAACGUGAAUUUAAGAAGGCCGAACAGCUGAUAAAACAUGCAGUAUACCUUGCCCGGGAGCAUUUUGGAGCCAAACACCCCAAAUAUUCCGAUACGCUACUAGACUAUGGAUUUUACUUGCUCAAUGUAGACAAUAUAUGCCAAUCUGUUGCAAUCUACCAGACGGCUCUUGAUAUCCGGCAGUCAGUAUUUGGAGGUAAAAACAUUCAUGUAGCCACAGCUCAUGAAGACUUGGCUUAUUCUUCAUAUGUUCACCAGUACAGCUCUGGAAAAUUCGACAAUGCACUAUUCCAUGCUGAACGUGCUAUUGGCAUUAUAACUCACAUUCUCCCAGAAGACCAUCUUCUCUUGGCAUCUUCAAAGCGAGUUAAAGCACUUAUCCUGGAGGAGAUUGCAAUAGACUGUCACAACAAGGAAACUGAGCAGAGGUUACUUCAGGAAGCUCAUGACUUACAUCUGUCCUCCCUCCAGUUAGCUAAAAAAGCCUUUGGGGAGUUUAACGUACAAACAGCAAAACACUAUGGCAACCUUGGAAGACUGUAUCAGUCCAUGAGAAAGUUUAAGGAAGCAGAAGAAAUGCACAUCAAGGCAAUUCAGAUUAAGGAGCAGCUUCUGGGCCAAGAAGAUUAUGAAGUUGCCCUGUCAGUGGGUCAUCUAGCUUCUCUCUAUAACUAUGAUAUGAAUCAAUACGAAAAUGCUGAAAAGCUUUAUUUGAGAUCCAUAGCAAUUGGAAAGAAGCUUUUUGGUGAAGGAUACAGUGGACUUGAAUAUGAUUACAGAGGUCUCAUUAAACUGUACAAUUCCAUUGGCAAUUACGAGAAGGUUUUUGAAUACCACAAUAUUUUGGCCAAUUGGAACCGGUUGCGGGAUCGGCAGUUCUCCGUUACGGAUGCUCUGGAGGACGUAAGCACCAGCCCUCAAUCCACUGAAGAAGUGGUCCAGUCUUUUCUGAUGUCUCGGAACGUUGAUGGACAGAGUAGCUAAGAACUCGGUCAAUUAACCAGUUAAGGUUUUUUCCCCCGGGUUACAGGGGGAAAAGUCAUACUGUGAAAUCUAAACCAUGUAGUUCUCCGGGGGCUGGAAUUUGCAUUGAAACACUGGUCCAGUCUACUGAAGAGUGCCCAUACGGAUGAAUGUGUGUUAAAUUCUUAUCAGCAUGUGUAUGGCAUGUUUAGUUGGGCUCACAUUUUUAACUCGGUAUUCCCAAAAACCCCUUCUUUCUCGUCUUUCAAAAGAAGCUACUUUGCAGAAAAGUCUGCAAGAAAACAUGAAAUAAAACUGUUUGAGUUCAAAAGAGUUGCAUUCUUAUUAUGAAUGGAAGGUUUCAUCGAGGGCUUUCUUCCGAUAUAUAGAAAGAAUAAAUGCCGUACUGUAAGAAGUUAUACAAGAAAGGUCUUUUUGCUGUAUGCAUUGUAGCAGAGUUGGUCGUAAAUAUCCAGAAAAGGGAGAAUGCCUUAGCCUUGGCUGCUGCCUUGUGAAGAGAAGUGGCAAAGAACCACUUUGGAGAGCAAGAUCCUCGUUGUGAACCACGAUAGGUUGUGAAGCAAGUGGCCGCCGUACGUUUUCAAUAUCCAGAACUGGACCAGUGUUCACCUGUGAGCGAUAGAAGAUCCAGUAGACCAGCAAUCUUAGUUUUCUUUGGUACCAACCAAGAGUGCUAAUCUUCUGAACAGGACCAGGAAAAACAAAAGUGGACCAGCCUGCUAGAAGCAGUUUUUGGACCAGUGGCUUUAAUUUAAUAUUUCUGCCCCUGCAUUCACUUUUACAGUAGAAUUAUUUCAUUUAGAUGUAUGAUCAGUGCAAAAUUAUAUUCAUGUAAUAGAUACAAAUCUAGGAAGUGAACGUUCUUUAGCGGUUGCGAUGGCAUGUCUUUACCUAGUGAGCUUAUACAAAUAUUAAUGUCGAUGCCACAAGCAAAAACUAGAAAUGCUUAACUAUUUGCUGCAGCCAUCUUUUUAUUUUCCUUUUUGAAUGGGCUUACUCUAAUAAUUGAGGCAGUGACUUGUUUAUACCAGUUAAUAGUUUUGUAUUACAAUCCAGUUCAAUUUUAUGUUUCUGGAGAACACAACUUCUUGUAUAGUUUGCAGGGGUCAGUGGAAAAUGCCAAAAAGCACAACAGGUCUUUUUUUUUUUUUUGUGAUGCUUCAUUUCUACAUUAAACAACAGUACAACCAGAAACUGAUUCCUUUAUAUUAAUUUAAAAAGCAGAAGUCAGCUGUAAAGAUCCUUUAAUAAUGCCUAUCUCACUAGCUUGUCUUAAUUUUUCUUCUGUUGAGGGGGGCUGCUUGGUUGUGUGGUUUUUUAUUUUUGUUUGGGUUUUGGUUUUGUGGGCUUUGCUUUGAUCUUUUGUUUUUUUAAUGUUGAGGUGAUACUCAUUGACAGUCUGUGUACCAUAGCAAACUAGAAACAACUCACUGCUGUUACCUCAGUUGUUCUUGCAGCGGCACAGAGGGAGCUCCUGUGGUUAGGGUUCUGUCAGGUUUGCGCUUUCUCCCUCCCCCCGCCCCAAUUUUCAGGGGUUUGUAACUUGGCCGUGGAAGGUCAGUGCGAGCUGAGGCUCGGCAAGCACGGUUCCUACGGGACUUGGACUGGGUGUUUCGUUUGGGGUCUGGUUUUUAAUUUGUUUAUGGAGUUUGGGACAGGGAAAGCUGCUUGUUGGUCUUCCAGAAAGAGCGCAGAGAAGAACUAGCAAUUUCAGACACGACUUUGAGCUUAAUGGCUCUUUUAAGAACUGAAAUUUUACAGGCCAAUAUUUCACAUACUGGUGCCUUCAAGUAUAUUUUUGGGGGGAAAUUUAACAUGCAGUUAUGCAAUUUGUGGAGGCAGAUUUAACGACUGCGUACUUGGAAUAUCUUCAUUGAUGUGAAAAGUAUUAUCUGCAUAAAAAAUCCCCUGUGGUGUUAAGACUUAGACCGCAAUAUAUCCUCAACGGCUGUUCGGUAAAAAUCCAACUUAAAAUUAUGCAGGGAUUUAAAAUCUAAUUUAUUUAUAGCAAUUUUUGUUUAUGACUGCUUUAGGUACUACAAACAAAUUCAGCUAUCUACAAGGCAAAACAUUUUUAUCCCUGAAUGCCCAUACAGCAGGGCACUUACGAAUUCUUUUCUUAAGAACUUCAUCAUUCACAACUUCUAUUAAAACUAUUUAAAAUUAAAUGAAAUAUAUAAUACUAGUGUCAGACAUAAGCAGGGAAGGUGUGCUUAGAAUUGUCCUAAAGAAGCUGUGUAAUUUCUGUACUGCAGAAGUGUUUAAAAGCUUCAAAGUGGGGAUAUGAAUUUACACCUGUGUUAGCUGGAGACCAUUUAUUUGCUCAGGGUUUCCAGUCUUGGGUCUCCAUUUCCAGCUUUUGACUAAGGAAUCUCAAAGAUCUCACGGUUUUGUGUUUGGGGUGAGCUGUGUUAUUUGAUUGAUACCAGUGGAAGUGGUCUACGUGAACCGCGGCUGUUAGUUCAGCUGUAGUUUGUGUGCGUGUUCCAUGGUUUGCUGUCAAGUUAGGGCAACCAGGAGAGCUUCCAGCGUGGGGCAGGUCAGGGAGUGUUAACGCUUCUAUCCGAUAGCCGAACGCAGUAGUUCAUCUUGUUUAACGGGUAGCUUUAUUCUCAGAUCUUGCUGGGUGGAUGUACUUUUCUUUCUUAAAGUACUUGACCAGCAUGUUAUCUAUACUUCAGUGCAUUGGCUUGUCUGGAAGGAAUUAAGGUCCCAAAAGUCACCCAGAACUCUUUGAUAAUGGACUUCGGCCAAGAAACGUGCCUUGGCCAAGAGUCGUCGCAGUGAUCCUUGUAGGACUACUAGCCUGCUUUUCAUGUGACUGAAUUAAAUCUAAAUCCUGACUUGACUCUUGGGUUGAACUUCUCACUGUAGCAUCUUCUCACCCCCAGUGGUGCCGAGGCAGGUAAAUCCCAGAGAAGGGUGGCUGUGGCUGAUUGCUAGCGCUGUUAAAGCACAGGAGGUUUGCAGAACUGCCUACAGAAUGCUCUGUUGUCUGCUCCGCAUGCUGUAGCUUGGAACCUUCACCUAAUGCUGCAGAUGUAACAUUAUUCUCCCUGUAAUAACACAAAACUGACCUAGUUUUUGGUUCUAUAUCUCCUAAAUGGAGUUCUCAGAUGACGUCUGUGGUGGCAUCUGGAGAGUCUCUGAAGUGUUGUGGUGUUAGUCGUGAGUCGCUGUUACUGUCUCUGCUGUUACAGUUUGUUGUUCGAUGCUGUUGAGAAAGCAGGAGUCCAGUCGGGUGCCUUCGAGGAAGGGAGAUGGCCUGUCCCUCCACGCCAAUGUGGUUGGAGUAGAUCUUGUAGUAUUACUUCACUAUUUUGUGACUUCUGCCCCAGGCAGAGCUGAAGGAGCAGAGGGCGCGGUGCCCUGCGCGCUCCGCGCUGUGCGGUUUUCCAGUGCGCAACUUGCCAGCAGGAACCCUGCGCCCCCCUCUCUCCCCUUAGAGGCAGGACCGGGGACUCCAGGGAUUUCCCUCCUGUCGUACCCCGGCGCAGGUUUUCCGUACGCCUCCGACUGUAAGUACUGGGGCCGGGGCCAUGCGUUCGCCUGGCGCGGCGGGAGAGCUCACGCCCCCUGUGACUCAAGCAGCCAACUAUGAAACACUAGAUAAAGUUAAUUAAUAAUUGGCAUUUUAUAGAUGCACAAGGCACCCACCGCUAACCGAGCAGGUGCUGUUUGGUGCUGGCGGUAGUGGGGGAGGCCUGUGAGUGGAAAUCCAGUGAAAUGCGUCAUCAGAGUUUUUCUUGAAGGUAAGUCAUUUAAUCGCACCAGAGUAAUUGGGUGCAAGUGGUGAGGACAGGUGUCACCCUGAGGAAAAUUAUUUCAGCUAUUGUUUAAAUUAAACCCUUCAUAUUUUAUUUUCAGCGUAAUGUUAUUUGAAACAGUAACUUGUAUGUCCUGUUUCAUGCGAACGCUGCAGUUCGUACAGGGAGGGAGGAAGGCGAUGUCGGGAUCCCUCCGCUCUUCUUAGGACUGAAUGACUUGUUGUGGAAGGGGGAAAGUACGCAAAUGUUUAAGAGCUGACAAAGGGAGAAGGGGAAAGGUGCAGAAAGAAAAAUGAAAAUAAGCACAUCCCUCGGCUACUUGAAGUAAUCAGCCAGUGACUGUUUGGCCCCAAACAGUUGUCUGGUCACUUUUUUUACAGCGUGAUAUAAAUUACAACCAGUAAGUGUCUGCCUCGCUGUCCUAGUCUUCACGUGCACUCUUUACUCUGUACCGAUACCUGUCGUUUAAGACUUUCUUUUUCUUUUUGCACACAGUUUUUGUUAAAUAAUUUUGAAGGGGUUUUGUUGUUGAAUUCUAACUUAUUAGGACAACGUUGUUCUUCUGUAACUUUAAAAAUGAAGUUUUUUCUUUAAAUGUGCUGCAGUCUAGAAUUUGCUAAAGGUGCCGUUGUGCUGCUUCUCAUGGUACAAAAAAAAAAUGCACAUUUAACUUGAUUCCUUUUUCUAGUCCUACGUGUUGGUAGAGUACAAAAAGGAAAACGCAGCGUGCCUAAAGCAUGAUUGAAGCUAUUGACAAAAACUUCACUUGAUUUACAUGGAUCGGAUUUGACUUUGCGGGCGAGCGGCAAACAGCGUGGGGGAGAUGCUGCCGUUACCGCUCUUUCAACGGCGAUCCUUCCCUCUGCCUGUGCAGAAACCUUAUUUUAUUGAAAGGUCGGUGUUUCCCUUUUUUCCUUACAUUUUAUAAUAAGAAAAUUACUGGCCAAACAUUGGUAGCAAAUCCGACGCUUCGCUGUGGGCCUUCCCCCGGUGGACACGACUGGCCUGUUGCACGUUGUGUUUCUUGGCCUCGCGAGGAUUUCGGUGAGAAGCGGGGAAGAAAUUUCCUUUACCCAGAAAUAAACGCAAAUACGUACGAGAAAUCGGCAGCACCGGUACCGCUUUUGUCCCUACAUCUCAGGAACGUUUUAGGCAGUGAAACAGGUUUCCCUUGGGUGAUACAAAGGUGCGUGCGCUAGGGUCUUGUUUAACAAUACUUCAUUGCAAUCCUAGGUAUCUAUAGCAUGAGUGGCCUUAGUGGGUUUGUUGAAGUGCACAUUUUUUUUUUUUCAAAAGUAAAUUUUAAGAUUAAAAAGAUAUAUACUAUAUAAAUAUAUAGAGAUAUUUAGAAACUUGGUUUGUGGUGCACAAGUUCAGUGUUGGAUCGCUAAAUAAUUGUCGCAGGUACCAUACAUGUAACUUUUCUUUUAUGUAUUUUCCCUUAUGGGAAGCGAUGUUGCCAUAGUAACUACAACUUUACAAUUUCUUUACUACUUAAUGAUGUGAAUGAACUCUACGUUUUAUUGAAUAUUACCAGGUUCAGUACUAUUUUUAUACUUUAUUGAACUACAGGGGAUUUUAAUUUAAUAGCAUUUUAAAAAAAGAUGUUGCUUGAACUGUAUAACUGUAUAAAUUGAACUACUUACACAAAACCCACCUCUACACCAGACUCUCUACCUGUAGUGCCACGUUCAUUUAUAUAAGAGUAUCUUGAUCAUUACUAGACUCUGAAGACCACCCUGCUUGUCGUGUCAAGACUGACGUUUCGUAUCCUACUUCUCACAGACCGCAGCGCCCGGCAUAAUUUGUAACCAUCAAACCAUACUAUGUUUGUAACCAGCAUUGUGAUAUUCUGUAACUGUAUUGCUAAAAUGAAAUAUUGACCUAAUAAAUAUAGUGUUCCCGCA